UAAGUCAAUAUCAUGUGUCAAAUGCUGUUUUUUAAGUUUGUUUUGAAAUUAGCUGAAUUUUAAAAUUGUAAAUUGAACAAUUUUCAUUUUUUUUCAUUCUAACAAAAGGUUUUUCUAUCUAAAAAGAUGGUUUGAAAAAUGUCCAUUCAUAGAAAAGAUCAAUAACUCGUAUAUCGAGAACUUUUCCGUUGCAGACAAACACCGUGACAUUAAAAAUGUCCGAGGACACCAGAGAGCAGGCAUCGCUCGUGUCUCAAAUGCCCCCGAAUGCCACUCCCGAUUCAAACACCUCACGAGUCGGCGAACAGCAAGCGAGUCGACAAAGUAACCAGCGUCGAAUUCAACAACGCAAACAACAGGUAUUUUCCUGGCCGAAAAUGAAGAAACUGAUCAAGCUGGCCAAUUACUGCGCCUGCCAAGAGGAAGGCUGCAAAUGCAUCGGCUGGCGCGUCAAUCAACAGAUCGUCAAGUCUCCAAAACCGGAUGCAUCGUUAGUGACCGUCACCAACUAUAACGAUCCAUGUCGCACCUGCAAUCACGUUCUUGAGAAGCACGUAUCGCACUUAAUGCGUGAGAACGAUGAGGACAUUAACAAACUCCUAGGAAUGGUUGUCGACGUGGACAAUAUUUUCCUAAGUAUGCACAGUGAGAAGGACCCGGACACGAAGAAAAUCUACUAUUACCUCUGCAAACUUCUGCGAAAGGCGAUUCUCUCCAGAAGUAAGCCGACCAUUGAGGGUCCGCUGGGACAACCGCCAUUUGAGAAAACUUGCAUCGAGAAAGGAGUGUCGAACUUUGUUAUCUACAAAUUCGGACACUUGUCCCUGCAGGAGUGGCAAGUGAUGCACGACCUGGCGAAGAUGUUCCUACACUGCUUGAACCACUGGAAUUUCGAGACCCCGACGAUUUUGCGAAAUACAAUCUCCGCGGACGAUGCUGCGGCCUACAAGAUCAACUACACCCGCUGGUUAGUCUUCUGCCAAGUCCCAGCUUUUUGCGACUCACUGCCCCAUUACGACACAACCCGAGUCUUCGGCCGAACUCUCCUCCGCGCCGUUUUCAAGUCCGUCUGCCGACAACUGAUGGAGAAGUGCCACAGCGAACGCGAUCGCAUGUCCCCUGAGAAACGCGUUUUCGUCUUCACCCAUUUCCCCAGAUUCCUGUCGCAACUCGAGGAGGAGCUCUACUCGGAAACCUCGCCGAUCUGGAGUCCGGAGUUCAAGCAAGCACCGCCUCCUCACCUACAGACCGCCGAAGAAGCCGAGCGUUCGCGCAACGAAUUCGACAGAUUGUACAACACCACCGAGAGUGGCUCCCUAAAGAGACCACUGGACAAAAAGGAGAUGCGAGUCGACGCCAAAAAGAAGCGAAACGAAGAGCCAUUCGAGGACCUGACAAGCGACGUCAUAGCGGAAAUCGUCGCCAGGAUCGACGAUCCAAACUACAUGUGCGGUCCUGAUGCGUUCUUCUCCACAAACGUCCCACGCGACGAAACCCCGAAAAUGGAGGAAAGCAUCAAACUAAUAGAGUUCCAUGUGAUCGGGAACAGUUUGACGCAGCCCGUCUCCAAGCAAACCAUGCUCUGGCUAAUCGGUCUCCACAACGUCUUCUGUCAACAACUGACAAAAAUGCCGAAGGACUACAUCUCCCAGUUUGUCUUCGACCCGAAGCACAAGACUCUGGCUCUCAUCAAGAAUGGAAGACCAAUCGGUGGUAUUUGCUUCAGAAUGUUUCCCACCCAGGGCUUUACGGAAAUAGUUUUUUGUGCCGUGACCAGUCAUUUGCAGGUCAAGGGCUAUGGAACUCACUUGAUGAACAUGUUGAAGGACUAUCAUAUCAAGAAUAAUAUUCUCCAUUUCUUGACGUUUGCGGAUAAGUACGCUAUUGGUUAUUUCAAGAAGCAGGGGUUCAGUCUCAAACUCCCGAGACUUGUCUAUCAGGGCUAUAUCAAGGACUAUGAGGAGGCGACCCUCAUGCACUGCGAGCUGAAUCCUAAGAUUGUUUACACUGAAUUUUUGGCGGUGAUCCGAAAGCAGAAGGAAAUCAUCAAGAAGCUCAUUCAGCAGAAACAUCAGGAGAUUCAGAAGGUUCAUCCUGGCUUGACUUGCUUCAAGGAGGGCGUUCGGGGAAUUCCAGUUGAAGCAAUUCCUGGAAUCUGCGAGACUGGUUGGAAGGGUUACGGGCAAACGAGAACGAGAAAAGUCGCCAAAACAGUUCAGGGUCAAGAGCCAGUCGAGGCAUGUUUGGACGUGAAAAAUUCUCUAUACACGAGUCUCAAGGAAGUGUUAAACAGCGUAAAAAAACAAAAUACCGCGUGGCCAUUUUUAAAACCAGUAGACAAGGAAUACGUUCCCGAUUAUUAUGAUCACAUUAAAUAUCCAAUGGAUCUGAAAACAAUGUCCGAUCGUUUAAAGGACGGUUAUUACGUAAGUCGCAGACUCUUUAUCGCUGAUAUGACGAGAAUCUUUACAAAUUGUCGAUUUUACAAUAGCAAAGAGACUGAUUAUUUUAAAUGUGCAAAUUCUCUGGAGAAGUAUUUCCAGACAAAAAUGAAGGAACUUGGAAUAUGGGACAAAUAAGUGUUAUAAUUUUAUUAUCGAAACAUUUUCUUCCUUUAAACAUUUUUAAGGAAGAAAGAGAAAUCUUUUUUUUCAAUCCUUAGAAUAAUGAGAUUAAUUUUUGAUUUUGUAUUUUUCUUUUUGAAAUUUUGUAAAUUGGAUCAGCGACUUUAUUUGAAUAUUGUGCAAUUGAUUCAAUCAUGAACUUGCAGCAUGUAUGCAAAAGUGAUUUAAGUUUUUUCAUUUUCUAAAUUUAGAUUUUUGUCUUAAUUGUAACGUUUUUUCUGUAAUUUAUCAAGUGUAAUAAAGAUUAUAUUUUUAAAAUGG